AUGUCAGUACCAAAAGCGGUAACCCCAGCUACACUCGGGCUUACCAUGCGGCGCUGCAUAGGGAGUCCCUGCAGCACUUACCUUGUCCUUCGCUCCCGCGUUGUGUCCCCUGCAGCGUCCCCGGCCAUCUCCGGCUGAUGCCGGCAUCCGGCUCCUGUGUUCCGGUCCUGUGACGUCGGGACGUAAAUUUGAAAAUUUUAAAAAAAUUUAAUUUUUUUCAAAACGAUUUUACAUAUGCUUUGUCCUGUCCCCUGUCUGCAUUUUGACUGUUCUUUCUG